CAUCCACCAAUCUAAUUCAUUACCUUCAAAUAAAAAAUAAAUCGGAAGUCGUCGUCGUUGUGUUAAGUAAUUGAAAAGUCGGUGUUUGUCUCUCUUUCCAUCCGCACCAGCUUCUCUUUUCGGGUUUCAGAGUACGCUGAUGAUAAAAUGUCUCCACCAGCGACGCGUGGUAAAAAUAAAAGGAAUAGACAGGGCGACAAUGUUAAUAUCACCUCUGAAAUAUUAAGGAAAAUUCAUGCAAGUGGUCGAGUAACUGAUGGUGAUGUAAAUCAGCUGUACAUGAUAUGGAAGCCAGUUUGUCAAGGCUGUCGUGUGAAUACCAAGGACAACCCCAACUGCUUUUGUGGUUUGAUUCCACCACCCAGUGGAAGUCGUAAAUCUGGCUUAUGGCAGAAAAUGCCUGAUAUUCUUCAAGCACUUGGAUCAGACCCAGUCAAAGAUCUUCGUAAUACGGAUGAAACUCCUGCUGGUCUAACAAAUCUGGGAGCAACAUGCUAUGCCAACAGUGUACUCCAGUGUCUGUACAUGAAUGCCUCAUUCCGAGAAAUUGUUUUCUCUGUUGAACCAGAUUUGUUAAAUGAACAGCCUGUGCUAAAUCAGUUUGCCCGGCUUUUUGCACAGUUGCGUGCUAGUAAAAUGGCUGUUAUUGAUCCAGCUCCAUUUAUAAUGACCUUGGAGUUAGAUAAUGCAGUUCAGCAGGAUGGCCAUGAGUUCCUGACCUUGCUUCUUUCACUGCUUGAACGCUGUCUGAACCACUCUAAAAUUUCUAAGGUGAAAACAGUUGUUCAAGAUCUUUUUCGAGGAAGUGUGUCUCAAGUAACAACGUGCUCAAAUUGUGGAAGAGAUUCUGAUGCAUCUUCCAAAACCGAAGACUUCUACGAGCUGGAGUUGAAUGUCAAAGGCUUGAAAAGCUUAGAUGAGAGUUUGGAUCAGUACCUUAGUGUGGAACAGCUUCAUGGAGAGAAUCAAUACAAUUGUGAAUUGUGUAAAAGCACCGUAGAUGCCACUCACCGCAUCAGGCUACGAACACUUCCUGAUGUUCUUAAUUUUCAGCUUAAGCGUUAUGAGUUCCUUCCGAAGACUACUACAAGGAAGAAAAUCACAUCUGCAUUUGGUUUCCCUGGAGAAUUGGACAUGGGGCUGAGACUGUCCGAACCUUCUCAGCUGGAAUGGAUAUAUGACCUGUCAGCUGUGUUGAUUCACAAGGGAACUGCUGUAAAUAGUGGCCAUUACAUUGCUCAUAUCAAGGAUGAGAAUACAGGGCAGUGGUGGGUUUUUGAUGACGAGCAUGUCUCAAAUCUAGGUCAUCGUCCAUUUGGAGAAGGCUCUUCAAGUUCUACUGCUAAAGUUGUUCAUAACAACACUGUUUUGCCAUCUUGUGCUGGAGCAACACCCGCUGAUACCAGCAGAAGUAGUGUAGAUGCUGUUCUGCCAGAGUCUUUAGAAUCUAAUGUUGGUAGUCAUAAAGAGAGUUUUUCAUCUAUUGAUGCUUACAGACUGAUGUAUAAUCUUAAGCGCACUAGAAAGAAUGAUGAUAAAAGAAAUCAUAUUGCAAACAUUAUUCAAUUAGAAGGUCACAAGGGUUUACACAAUGGCUUUCAUCUUCCACCUCACCUCUCUGAGGAUAUAAAGGAUGUGAAUGCAGUAUAUAUUGCUGUUUGUGAAGAGUACAAAUUGAAGAAGGAAAGAGAGGUGCAUCACGUAGCAGAACGGAGGCAAGAAGUGCGAUCAAUUCUUUCAGAAGCUCCUGUCCGGUCGCUUGAAGAACCGUUUUAUUGGGUUUCUACAGCCUGGCUUCGCCAGUGGGCGGACAACGUCAUUCCAGGUGCUAUAGACAACAAACCUAUCCAAUGCUCACAUGGAGAAGUCCCAGUGUCUAAAGUUGGGUCCAUGAAGCGGCUGUCUGUCAAGACUUGGGGAAUCUUGUUCUCUAAGUAUGAUGGAGGGCCAGCACUGAGCAACAGCAACUGCUGCAUGACUUGCCUUAUUGAUAGUGCUCAAUCUGCGGUCUCUGCUGAUAGCUAUAGGGAUCAGAGAACAUUAAUGAGAGAUCUUGCAAACGAUGUAAUUACUAAGAAAUGUUCAGAUGGAACAUAUUUUGUGUCUAAGACAUGGCUGCAACAGUGGGUGAGAAGAAAAAAUAUUGAUGCUCCUAGUGAAGCUGAUGCAGGACCAACAGCUUCAAUUAGGUGUCGACAUGGGCAACUGAGGCCUAAGCAAACUGGUGCCAAGCGAUUGCUGGUUCCUGAGAAACUUUGGCUCUUUUUGUAUAAGGAUGCGGUUGCUGCAAAACCUGAUGAUCCGUUGGGAUGCACAACUUUUCCUUCAGAUUCUGAACUGUGUCCUGAAUGCAGCGAUGAACUUUCUGAAGUUGCCUGCUUCGAGGAUUCUAUAAGGGAGAUGAAGCUCAAACAUCGCCAAAAUCAUGAAAGGUUGGCUACUGGAAAGAGUAUUCCCCUGUCUUUGAACUGCGCAUAUUACCUGAUGCCUUCUUCAUGGCUCACAAAAUGGAGAAACUACACGAGUGCAAGUGGCAAGAAUACUUCAUCAGUGGAACCUGAAGUUCUUGAUCCUGUUAUUGAUGCACUGAAAUGUGAACAGCAUUCCCGACUCCUAGAAAGGCCUCCUUACCUGAUGAACAAACGUGGCAUGCUUAUACAGAAGAGUUCUUCUACAGAUGCUUUAACAAUCAUUACAGAGAAUGACUGGAACAGUUUCUGUGAAGAGUGGGGCGGCAACAAGGAGAAAGGCAUAAUGGCAAUAAUUGAGUCCAGCGAUGUCGCAGAAAUUAAUUUGGGUGCAUGCGGAGAAGACGUGUCACUAUGUAAAGACCAUCCAAGUUCUCAAGAUGAAGCAAGUAAUGGCCCUGAGAUCAGACAGCCUGUAAUUAGGACCUCUCCAGAGAUUUGUGAGGAUUGCAUUGGUGAACGAAAAAGUCAUGAGUUGGCAAAGAAGCUGAAUUACUUCAAUGAGGACAUAAGUGUAUCUCUUGUGCGUGGUAAGGAAGCUCCAAGAUCGAUUUUAGAAGCUUCUUCAGCCACUUCUGAGACAGAUCGGCGGGCCUCAAAGCGAUCUCGAAAGACCAGCUAUGGGACUUCAGUAAAUCUAAAAGUUUCUGGUUCCACAUCAUUAUACCGGUUAAAAAUGAUGAUAUGGGAAUCGCUUGGGGUGGUUAAGGAGAACCAGAUACUUCACAAAGGUUCGGUGAUUAUUGAUCAGGAAAGUGCUACGCUUGCAGACUUGAGUAUAUUUCCUGGUGACAAGCUAUGGGUGCAAGAUUCUGAAAUCCACGAGCAUAGAGAUAUUGCUGAUGAGAUUGCUGACCAGAAAGCAAUUGCACAAGAUCCCGAGAAAGGGUUUCGGGGAACACUUUUGACUACAACUACUGCAUCCCCAGUUGUUUAAGAUGCAUGCUUUGAUAGUUGUCUCCACGACACGUUAAAUUCUUUAGGAUCAAUAUUCUGGAAGGAAGACCUGAAUGUUUGACUUGCAUAGUGGAGAACUGGUGGCUGGCCUUGGUUGAUUUUGGCUCCCAGCAUUUUGACGUUGAAGGACUGGUUCAAUACAUAAUUUUAGAACUCUCCAAGCGCUUUGUAACAUUUAUACCAAGAGAUGAACUGGCCCUUUUUGGUACCGUUGGCUGAUGUCUGUGAAGGAAAUGAACAUAGUGAAUUUUUUAUCAUUUCCCUCUUGCAGACUGGCUGAACUUGGUGGAUUUUGGCAAUUGUAGAUCCAACGAAACAUGCUGUAUCUUUUUGUAGUUAGAGAUGAAUUAAACAACACAGCACCGUUGGCUGACACUUGGAAAGUAGAUGUAACUUUUGUUUUA